AUGUUCGCUCCGCGGCUCCUGGAUUUCCAGAAGACGAAGUACGCGAGGUUCAUGAACCACCGAGUCCCUGCCCACCGGAGGUACCAGCCCACGGAGUACGAGCAUGCCGCCAACUGCGCCACCCAUGCUCUCUGGAUCAUUCCCAGCAUCCUCGGCAGCUCCAACCUCUACUUCCUGUCGGACGAUGACUGGGAGACCAUCUCUGCCUGGAUCUACGGCCUCGGCCUCUGUGGGCUCUUUGUGGUGUCCACCGUGUUCCACACGAUCUCCUGGAAGAAGAGCCACCUCAGGACGGUGGAGCACUGUCUGCACAUGUCCGACCGCAUGGUCAUCUAUUUCUUCAUCGCGGCCUCCUACGCGCCCUGGCUGAACCUUCGCGAGCUGGGCCCCUGGGCCUCCCACAUGCGGUGGCUGGUCUGGAUCAUGGCCUCUGUUGGCACCAUCUAUGUCUUCUUCUUCCAUGAGCGGUACAAGCUCGUGGAGCUGCUCUGCUACGUCGUCAUGGGCUUCUUCCCCGCCCUGGUCAUCCUUUCCAUGCCCAACACCGAGGGCAUCUGGGAGCUGGUGACCGGAGGGGUCUUCUACUGCUUGGGCAUGGUGUUCUUCAAGAGUGACGGGAGGAUCCCCUUUGCCCACGCCAUCUGGCAUCUCUUUGUGGCAUUUGGUGCUGGUACCCACUACUAUGCCAUCUGGAGGUACCUGUAUCUGCCCAGCACCCUGCAGGCCAAGGUGUCCAAAUGA